AAGAAAAUCAUGAUUAUUUUAAUAAUUCAUUAAAAAAAAAUCAAAUUUCGGCAGGAUCUUCCUUAUUUCAAUGAUUCCACUCCUUUGCGUUCUGAGCACAAGAUGACAGAAGAGAAGGAAAGAAAGCAGGGGCAUCCUCUUUUGAGAGGUGGGAUGAAGGAGCAGGGGAGCUACAUCCAUGGCUUCUCUUCUUCUCAGAUGGAAGUUCUUGCCGCCAUGUGCGAAGCUAUUAUCCCUUCUCUUUCCGCAGAGGAAGUCAACUUGAGCAAUGGCAAGGAGGAUCCACCAAGCAAAGAACUCAGAGAAUUCUAUAUGGCUUCUGGGUCUCAAUACCCGGUUCCAGAUGAGGUUGCAGACAUCAUGAUGAAGAGGGGCCAGAAAGAGGGUAAAUUUCUAAUUAGGAUUGUUCUAUGGAUGUUAGCAUUCAGACUUGGUACACUUCUACUAUGCGGUUCGUUGAGUUUUCAGCGAAGUUUCCCCUUCAUCAACAAGUUCUCAGAUAUGAGUAUAGAAAGGAGGGAAGAGGUCCUCAACAAAUGGAGAAAGGGGAAAGUCCACAUACAUUUAAGGAUUGUAUUUCUGAUGGUGAAAUUAUUUUGCUGCUACAUUUUCUACUCCAUGACUAAAGAAGAUUCAGAGAAUCCAUCAUGGAAAGCAAUUGGGUACAGCACCCAGGAUAAUGAAAAACCAAAGUCUCAAAGAGAAAGACCUCUUGAUAGAGGAAUUGUAGAGACUGCACAUCUCAAUGAUUCAUCCUUCAUCACUUCUCUAACUGAAAAAGGCUUAAAUGUGGUGACUGAUACUCUCCAAAACCAGGUUAUAGUAAAAUGUGAUGCGGUUAUUGGCGGCGGUGGAGUGGCGCCUGCCAUUCUGGCUAGCUCAGGCUAUAAAAUCAUUGUCGUUGAGAAAGGGAACUACUUCACUUCUGUUGACUACACCAAUUUAGAAGCCCCGUCUAUGGAUCAAUUGUAUGAGUCUGGAGGAAUCCUUACAACACACGAUACAAAUAUGAUGAUCUUAGCUGGUUCGACAGUUGGAGGCGGCUCAGCUGUGAACUGGUCAGCCUGUAUCAAAACACCAGAUGAUGUCCUCAACGAAUGGGUGCUGGAACACAAAUUACCAAUCUUUCAGAGCGCAGACUACCACUCAGCAAUGAUCAAAGUCUAUGAAAGACUUGGAGUUACUGAGAACUGCACUGAAGAAGGAUUUCAGAACAAGGUUCUUCGAAAAGGAUGUCAAAAGCUUGGCCUUGAGGUAGACUAUGUGGCUCGAAAUUCAUCUGAUAGUCACUACUGUGGUAGCUGCUGCUAUGGAUGCAGAAGCGGCGAUAAGCGUGGCACCGAUACAACAUGGCUUGUUGAUGCUGUGAACCAUGGUGCUGUGAUAUUAACUGGUUGCAAAGCUGAGAAAUUUAUAUUUGGGAGCAAUCAGUCAGCUGAUAGUAAGAAGAAGAACAAAUGUUUGGGAUUGAUAGCCAGGUCUUCUAGCAAGAAUAUCAUGUGUAGUAUCAGAAUCCAAGCCAAAGCAACAAUUUCAGCUUGUGGAGCUCUCCUAACACCUCCUCUUAUGAUUGCAAGUGGACUUAAGAAUCCUAACAUAGGAAAGAAUCUACAUCUUCAUCCAGUUGGCUUUGCUUGGGGCUAUUUUCCCGAGUCAGUUCAUGAUCUCAAAGGGAAGAAGUUUGAAGGAGGGAUCAUCACAUCCUUGCACAAGACAAAAAGUACUAGUGUGAUCAUCGAAACUCCGGCAAUGGGCCCAUCAGCCUUCUCUUCACUUGUACCAUGGAUCUCUGGACUUGACAUGAAGGAUAGAAUGGUGAAAUAUGGCCGCACAGCGCACCUGUUUGCUCUUGUGCGAGACCGGGGUUGCGGAACCGUGCAGGAGGAAGGGAGAAUCAAGUAUCGGUUCGAUCCAAGGGAUAAAGAGGAAAUGACAGAAGGUUUGAGGAAGGCUUUGAGAAUUCUCGUUGCCGCAGGAGCGGUGGAGGUUGGAACACAUCGGAGUGAUGGACAGAGAUUGAAGUGUCAUGGGAUCAGUGAGCGAGAACUCGAAGAGUUCUUGGACGAUGUUUGUGUGGGUGGAGGACCACAAUCGAAAGCAGAGAUGUGGACAAUGUAUUGUUCUGCUCAUCAAAUGGGGAGUUGUAGGAUGGGAGCGAGUGAAGAGAAUGGUGGAGUUGAUGAGAGGGGGGAGAGUUGGGAGGCUGAGGGGCUCUUCGUUUGUGAUGGGAGUGUUCUUCCUACUGCUCUGGGAGUGAAUCCAAUGAUCACUAUUCAGACAGUUGCUUAUUGCAUCUCUAAAGGAAUUUCAGAUUAUUUGAGCAAAUAUUGAUUGGGAAAUAGAGAAAUUUGAUGAAGAGAUUAGUUAUUUAUGGAUACUAUUUAUACUUUAUAGCUCAAUACACUUUGUUGCAUCUAGCUUCAAGAGUUGUAAAAUAAGCAUAAAUA